AUGAGCAGCAGCAGCAGCAACACGCGCCUGUCCCUGGCGUACCGGGACCUGGAGGAGGUGGCGCCCUCCGUGCUGGCCAAAUAUGCCGCCACCCUCAUCGACCUCGACCUCUCCAACAACCGCCUCACGGAGGUGUCGUUCUUGCGCGGGCUUGGCGCGCUGGAGACGCUGGUGCUGGACGGAAACCGCCUCACGCACCAGGUGCGGUUCCCGCCGCUGGGUCGCCUGCAGACGCUCUGGGUGAACCGGAACGCCAUCGGGCUGCUGCCGACCUUCGUUGACCGGCUGGCCGAGGCCGUGCCUCGCCUGCGCUUCCUCUCCAUGCUGGGCAACCAGGCCUGCCCCAACUACCUCAACGGCGGCACCCUCAAGCAGUACCGCGACUACCGAUUGUUCGUGCUCAGCAGACUGCGACAUCUCGACAUGUUGGAUGAUGCGCCCGUCACUGAAGAGGAGCGGGGGGAAGCAACCCGACUCUACGGCAAUCUCGAUGUAUCCGGUGCCGAAGCAAUGUACAAACGACAGACAUUGGACCAGGGAAAUGCCACAGAGAAGGAAACGGCGGCCGCCGAUGAACAAAAGCGAGAGACUGCGGCCAAGGAAGAGGAAGGACAGCAGCGAAAGGGCAGCUCCUCCACGGCCGGUGGCCGCCGCCGUAAGGCCGCAGCCUCGACCAAAGCCGGUCGCAUGACGAAGAACAAGAAGAAGGAGGACCCCGCCGCCACCGCCGCCUCUGUAACCGACAGGGCCAGGAAGGACCCGCCAGUUGCCGAAGCGGCCAAACCCGAAGAGCCUGCUAUGGCGUCGACACCCGAGAAGCAAGCUCCGCCGGUGCGCGACGAGGCCGAUGUGGGCGUGGGCGCUUACGUGGUGGACGAUCUGCCGGAUCCGCUGCUGGACCUGCCCCGAGACCUGCCGCCUCCGCCAGGGGCCUUGCGGCGGCCAGGCAGCCAAGACCAGGACAACGACGAAGAGGAGGAUGAGUCAGACUGGACCGACGACGACUCAGACGACGAGCGGGAAGUGUCCAUUGCCCUCGACCUCCCCGACUUUUCCUCGUCUUCGGACGAGUGA